AUGAAAAUAACGAUGUUAAAAUCUGAAACCAUCCGUUCUCAAGAAUGGGUGCCUUUUGUUACUCAACAACAAAGGCUCAGAAAUUUAAUUCAAAUCAAUGGUUACAAUCUUUGUGAUGAUCCAGAAUGUACUGCUAAUACAACUUCCUAUUAUUACACAUUGCAUUUAACAACAAUGUGUGCUCCUUUGUAUACUAGUGAAAAAGUUAGCGGCCGUAACCCAAAAUGGACAAAAAUGGAUAUUUGUAGUUCAAUUGGAUCUGCUAAAGCGGUUGUAAUACGAUUGUGGAGAACUACAGAUGACCAAACAAAAGUUUUGUUUGUUUGGGGCAUUGAACUAAGUGGUCUUUUGUAUAUAACUCCAAUGUCAUUAAAUCCAAAAAUGUUUCAUUCUAAUUCUUUAGUAUUUUGUAUGACUGGAGGAAAUUAUACUGCUCCACAUUGCAUUGCUGAAGAUCAGCCUACUUUAGCUCGCAUUACUCAUCUUACUUUACCUGUAAAAGAUGUUAGAUUAAGUGGUACGCUUAUACAACUGACAAGGAUGCAUAAUAUUCAACGAGUAACUAGUAAACAAAGAGAAGCAGCAACUUUAUUAAAAGAAAAAGUAGUUCAAGGUGAAAUUGGUUUGAACGAAAAUCGAACUGGAAGACAUCAAAGUGCUACAAUACGUAGAUUGAUGAACAAAGAAAUUGGACAAAAACCAUCUCGUCAGAGUAUUCUAUGUAGGAGAAAAGAAAUUGAACUGGUAAAAUUUAGAGUACUGUUGCUAUGUCAAGAAAAAUCUCGUAAAAUUGUCAUUCUUCGCAAUAAAACACUAACUAGUAAAACAUUUUAUGAUGCAAAUUGUAAAAAAAACAGCAAGCUAAUUGAAAUGAACGAAACACUUUGCAUUGACAUCCAUCAACUAAAACAAUUGAGUAAUACAUCUAACUCAGUUGACACAUUGUCCGCAUUAAAUAGUCAACUCAUUUAUCGGAAAAAACAACUUGUUUCAGAACUUAAUUUUAUAUAUCCAAUAACAGAGGUUAACGAAAAUAUAUCAAUAUGUGAUGUUCAUCUUCCAAAUUCAGAAAACUUUGAUGGCUGCAGUGAUAUUCAAUUGAGUAUUGGUCUGGGUUACGUUGCCCAUUUAAUUCUUAUGAUUUCCUACUUUCUAAAUAUUCCAUUGAGAUACCCUAUUAACCACAUAGGAUCACGUAGUAAAAUUAUUGAUCAUAUUUCAUUAGAUAUACAGGAUAGAGAACGACUAUUUCCUUUGUUUGGUCGUGCUAAAGCUCGAUUAGAAUUUAAUUAUGCUGUUUAUUUACUGAACAAAAAUAUUGCCCAACUUCGAUGGUACAAUGGUUAUAGUACUAAUGACUUGCGUACAACCUUAUACAAUUGUUUAGUUAUGUUACAACCACAAUCAAGUUUAUUGAAAUUACAAACUUCAAAAUUCACAUCUUCAAAUUCUUCGCUAGAAUCUUCUUUAAAUGUACCACCCAGAUCUUCCAGAGAUGCUUAUAGAGAAGAUACUAGUAGUUCAGACGAUUCAAAAAUAAAAGGAAUACCUCACUCUUCUUCAGAUCCGUCACUAGCUGAUGAUAAAACACAAGCGUACAAUGAUUUUAACUCAUCAUAA